AGUGAAAAUGAGCGUAAGGGCGCGCAAAACAGUUUCCCGAAACGACGCUGGCGUGGCCGCUCUCAGCUCAGGUUUCUCUCUGCUGGUGAGAGAAGCAGGCGUUCUGUCGUAUACGAUUAUCAGUUCCUAUUUGAAGAUAAGAGGGUCAAGAAAGAGAAGGUUAUUCGAGUCAGUCACAGACGUGUACUUAUCAGAAAAAUGAAAGUGAAGAAGAUCCAGAGGCUUUCCGAGUUACAGGAGGUAACGAAAUCAGCAGCUGCUAUAAAAGAGAAGAGAGACUUGAACAAAGUAACUACGAAGGCGUUCCCUGAACAAGAUUUCGAAGACGAUACAGAUAGCGAUACGUACGACAGUGGAGAAAAGAUUGAACACACAGGCGACGAGGACAGCGAGCAAUCUGACAGCAGCAGCGACGGCGAGAGUAAUUUGAAUCCCACGGAACACAAAAGAUCACUGAUAAGAUUACAAGACACCGAUCCUGAUUGCUAUGAAUACUUGAAAGAAAGUGACAAAGAUCUCUUAGACUCUGGAGUAUCGGACGACGAAGAUGAUGAUAAUUCUUCAGUGGACUCUGAUGACAUUUCUAGCGCAAAUUUAAAGGUUGCUAGCGAUUGUAGCGAUUCUCGACCAGAAGAAGCUGACGAUGAUCGUGAAAGGAUCACAAUGCAAUUACUGAAAGCUUGGCAACAAAAAAUACGUACGGAUAAAUCGACUGUUACUAUUAAAUGUGCCGUAGAGGCCUUCCAUGCGGCUUUGAAUAGUAUCGCAGUAUCGCCGGAUACAACCGCGCGAUAUAAAGUAGAAGGAAGUGCAACAUUCAAUGGCGUGUUGCAACUGUGCGUAACACAUUUGCCUGAUGCCUUUAGAUAUUUUCUAAAACUGGAUCCAGAAUCGCCGGAUGCACAUAAAUCUAAGAGAAUUGAAAAAGUACAAGAAAUUUUGAAACUCUACAUGUCAGAUUUAAUUAAAUUACUGCAAAGUAUAGCAUCGUCCAAUACUGCUGUUCUCACAGUGCUUCUGAAGCAUCUUCACCAAAUGUUGCCCUGCGCCCAAUCGUUCUCGUCCUUAAUUUGUAAACCGUUGUUAAGUGUCCUAGUAAAGUUGUGGUCAACUGCAGAAGAAACAGUUUGCGUUGUAGCCUUUAUGAAUAUCUUACAUUUUGCAACCGGCAAAGAGUUUGUACUUGAGGAACUAUUAGAGACCAUGUAUGCGAAAUACGGUCAGAAUACGAAAUUUGUUUCACUCGAAACAUUACCGAGGAUAAAUUUCAUGAGGCACUCCCUGGUCGAAAUAUACCUGCUUGACUAUAAUAUUUCGUACAGUCGUGCCUUCUUACAUAUCAGGCAAUUGGCGAUUGAUUUAAGAAACGCCGUGACAUUAAAGAACAAGGAAAACUCUGAGGCUGUAUAUAAUUGGCAGUACAUAAAUUCUUUGCGCUUUUGGACAGAAUUAAUAAUUAAUGCCAGAAAUAAGUCAACGUUGGGGUCGCUGUUAUAUCCGUUAGUCCAGAUUAUUAUUGGAACAAUAAAAGUUAAUCCAACUGUGCAACACUAUCCAUUGCGAUUCCAUUGUUUGGAAAUGUUAAUGAAUAUUUCUAAGGAAACCGGAACGUUUGUACCUAUUUUGCCGUUCCUUCUCGAGAUACUGGAUUCUUACGAUUUCAACAAAAGACGUAAAGCAGCUAAGAUGCAACCUAUGUCUCUUGUUUGCAUUUUGAGAAUAUCGAAAUCACAACUGGUAGAAAAUAGCUUCACAGAUAGUAUUAUUGAAACUAUUUAUCAACUUACAUUGGAAUAUGCAGCAAGUGAAAGUUACAGAAUAUAUUUUCCAGAUCUCUUUACAUUUUGUAUAAUACAGUUAAAAGAAUUUCUGGAGAAAUGUCACGUGGCAAUUUAUUGUAAGAAGAUGAAACAGCUUCUGUCUGUAAUUGAAGAAAAUAGAAAAUACAUUGAAACCGAGCGUGCCAAAACAACGAUAGAUCUACAAAACAUGGCAAACAUUGUGAAUUGGGAAAAUAGAAUAAAAACGGACGGCACAGCAAUAGCCAAAUUCUAUGCCUCUUGCAUUAAACAUCGUGAAUCCCAGAAUCUUAAACUUUUUGUACAACUUUUUUUAAGAAUUUGUACACACGCGAAGAGAGAGAGAGAGAGAGAGAGAGAGAGAGAGAGAGAGAGGCGCGUAAUGCAGCGGCUUCUGAAAGCGUACCAGCUAGAUCCGUCUUGGGUUCUGACGAACCUUGACGUCCUGAUAGAGCAGGACCAACACGGUCAGUCUGCACGAAAAGUGCGACCUACUUUACAUUUCAUUAAAAGACCCUGUGAACGUUUGAAGAAUAAAGUAAAACGGCGGGAGAAACAUGGAGGACGUAAAGUCCUCUAUUAUGAGGCAGGCUCCUAA